GCGUUGGCCAUGGCCUCGGCGACUGUGGAGAGCUUCGUGACCAGGCAGUUGGACCUGCUGGAGCUCGAGAGAGACGCGGAGGUCGAGGAGCGCAGGUCUUGGCAGGAAAACAUCUCUCCGAAAGAACUGCAGAGCCGAGGCGUGUGUUUGCUGAAGCUGCAGGUGUCCAGCCAGAGGACUGGGCUGUAUGGGCGGCUGCUGGUCACCUUUGAGCCCAGGAGAUGUGCGUCUCCCGCGGUGCUUCCCAGCAACAGCUUUACUUCGGGCGAUAUAGUGGGUCUGUGUGACGAAGGGAGUCAGCUGGCCACGGGGAUCCUGACCCGGAUCACGCAGAGAUCGGUCACGGUGGCCUUUGACGAGUCCCAUGACUUCCAGCUGAGCUUGGACCGGGAGCAGGCCUACAGACUGUUAAAACUUGCCAAUGAUGUCACUUACAAGCGACUGAAGAAGGCUCUGAUCACCCUAAAGAAGUACCAUUCUGGCCCCGCCUUCUCACUCAUAGAGGUCCUCUUUGGUAGAGCAGCCCCCAGUCCUGCCAGUGAGAUACAGCUGCCGCCAUUCUAUAACACUUCCCUGGAUGCCUCCCAGAAGGAAGCGGUCUCCUUCGCACUGUCCCAGAAAGAGCUUGCCAUCAUCCAUGGGCCUCCUGGCACCGGGAAGACCACCACCGUGGUUGAGAUCAUUCUGCAGGCUGUGAGGCAGGGCUUAAAGGUUCUGUGCUGUGCUCCCUCUAACAUCGCUGUGGAUAAUCUGGUAGAGCGUCUGGCUCAGUGUAAGCAGAGAAUCCUGCGCCUCGGGCACCCCGCCCGCCUGCUGGAGUCCACUCAGCAGCAUUCCCUCGACGCAGUGUUAGCGCGGAGUGACAGCGCCCAGGUUGUUGCAGACAUCAGGAAGGACAUCGACCAGGCCCUCGCGAAGAACAGGCAGACCCAGGGUAAGAGAGAGAAGAGUAGUGUUUGGAGUGAAAUCAAGCUGUUGAGGAAGGAGCUGGAGGAGAGGGAAGAAGCUGCGAUGCUGGAGAGCCUCACGUCAGCAGCCGUGGUGCUGGCGACAAACGCAGGUGCUUCUUCCGACGGCCCUCUGAAGCUGCUGCCCGAUGGCCACUUCGACGUGGUGGUCAUCGACGAGUGCGCCCAGGCCCUGGAAGCCAGCUGCUGGAUCCCCCUGCUGAAGGCCAGGAAGUGCAUCCUGGCUGGAGAUCACAAGCAGCUGCCCCCCACCACGGUCUCUCACAAGGCUGCCCUGGCGGGGCUGUCGCUGAGCCUGAUGGAGCGCCUGGUGGAGGAGCACGGUGCGCGGGUGGUGCGGACGCUGACUGUGCAGUACCGCAUGCACCAGGCCAUCAUGCAGUGGGCCUCAGACGCCCUGUACCAUGGGCAGCUCACGGCCCACCCUUCUGUGGCUGGGCACCUCCUGCGGGACCUCCCAGGAGUGGCUGCCACGGAGGAGACCAGCAUCCCCCUGCUGCUCGUGGACACGGCCGGCUGUGGGCUAUUUGAACUGGAAGAGGAGAACGACCAGUCUAAGGGGAACCCUGGUGAAGUGCGCCUCGUCAGUCUGCACAUCCAGGCCCUGGUGGACGCUGGUGUCCAAGCGAGUGACAUUGCCAUCAUCACGCCAUACAACCUCCAGGUGGACCUGCUCAGGCAGAGCCUUGCCCACAGGCACCCCGAGCUUGAAAUUAAGUCCGUCGAUGGCUUCCAAGGCCGAGAGAAGGAGGCUGUGGUCCUGUCCUUCGUCAGAUCCAAUAGGAAAGGUGAAGUGGGCUUCCUUGCCGAGGACCGGCGGAUCAAUGUUGCUGUCACCCGCGCGCGGCGCCACGUGGCGGUCGUAUGUGAUUCUCACACCGUUAGCAGCCACACCUUCUUGAAGACCCUGGUGGAUCACUUCGCGGAGCACGGGGAAGUGCGCACGGCCUUUGAAUAUCUUGACGACAUCAUCCCUGAAAACUACUCCCAUGAGAGUUCCCAGGGCCACGGCCGAGCUGGCACGAAGCCCCACGGCUCUGCGGCGUUGGCCAGGAAGCCUCCUGGGGGCCGGCCGCGGGAGGGGGCCCAGGAGGCCAGAGCAGCUGAGGGGCUGGAGCGGAGGAGGCCGGGUGGGAAGCCCUCAGGCCCUGAGGUCCCUUCUCAGCCCAGGCUCAAUGGAGGCAGCCCAGAGGGAGCCGGGAGCGGAGACCGUGCAGAACGCUUCAGGGCCAAGAUCGCUGAGUUUGUGGCGAGUGAGAAAACUCAGUUGGAGUUUCCUGCUUCCCUGAACUCCCACGACAGAAUGUGGAUCCACCAGAUAGCCGAAGAGCACGGGCUGAGGCAUGACAGCACCGGGGAAGGGAAGAACAGGUUCAUCACUGUGAGCAAGAGAGCCCCGCCCGCCCCGCCAGCCCUGCAGCCUCCAGCAGGGGCCGGCAGCCAAGCCCCUGUCAGGCCCACGGCCCCCGGCCCCACACAGACCAAGCCCCCUCUUGGGGAGCAGGGCAUUCAGGACCCCCUGAAUCUGAAGGCCCUGCACCUGGAAAGGCUGCAGAGGGAGAAGAGCAGGCGGGAGCGGCCGGCCAAGGAGGGGCCGGCCAAGGAGCGGCCAACCAAGGAGGGGCAGCAGGCCUUGCGCUCCGGGCCGCGCGCGUUACCAGAGAAGAAGAAGAAAGAAGCAAAAGGACACGCGGCUGUAGAUUUGCCCGGUGAGGAGGACUUCGAGGCCCUGGUCGCGGCCGCCAUCAAGGCUGAUAACGCGUGCGGCCUCGCUAAGUGCACGGCCAGCGUCGUGACCGUGGGCCAGCUCUGUCUGCACUGCGGCCGCCGCUACUGCCUCAGCCACCACCUGCCCGAGAUCCAUGGCUGUGGGGAGAGGGCUCGUGCCCACGCCCGGCAGAGAAUCAGCCGGGAAGGAGUCCUCUACGCCGGCAGUGGGACCAAGGACAGGACCCUGGACCCAGCCAAGAGGGCCCAGCUCCAGAGGAGGCUGGAUAAGAAGCUGGAUGAGCUGACCAGCCAGAGGAAGAGUAAACGGAAGGAGAAGAAGUGACGGGCGAGCUCUUCACACGCAGCUUCAGAGCUUCUGUUUUUGAAAAAAACCUGUGAGGGCGAGCAGGGC